AUGGAUGUGGGGCCCAGCUGCCAGCCCCAGCGUGGACUCUACCUGACUCUGCUUCUGCUGGCUCUGACACUCAGGAGCCAGGCCAACACCAACUGCUAUGGGAUCCCAGGGAUGCCAGGCUUGCCGGGAGCCCCUGGGAAGGAUGGGCAUGAUGGACUGCCCGGGCCCAAGGGUGAGCGAGGAAUCCCAGCUAUCCCUGGGACACGAGGACCCAAGGGUCAGAAGGGUGAGCCUGGCAUGCCUGGCUAUCGUGGAAAGAAUGGCCCCAUGGGGCCCUCAGGGUUGCCAGGGGAUCCAGGCCCCAGGGGACCUCCCGGAGAGCCAGGUGAGGAGGGACGAUACAAACAGAAGCACCAGUCAGUGUUCACAGUCACCCGGCAGACAGCCCAGUACCCAGCAGCCAAUGGCUUGGUCAAGUUCAACUCGGUGGUCACCAACCCUCAGGGGGAUUAUGACACCAGCACAGGGAAGUUCACCUGCAAAGUGCCUGGCCUCUACUACUUUGUCUACCACGCAUCACAGACAGCCAACCUGUGCGUGCAGCUGCUUCACAACAGUGCCAAGGUGACCACCUUCUGCGACCACAUGUCCAACAGCAAGCAGGUCAGCUCGGGAGGAGUGCUACUGCGGCUGCAGAAGGGCGAUGAGGUGUGGCUGGCGGUCAACGACUACAAUGGCAUGGUGGGCACUGAGGGCUCCGACAGCGUCUUCUCAGGCUUCCUGCUGUUUCCCGACUAG